UUAUGUUAUAAGCUAUAGAUUAACAAUUGCCCUUUAGAAAAUUUACCUUGUCAACUGGAUUGUCGUCAACAGAAAGUAGGCGGUUACUAAAAGCCUAUUGGACAAAAACGUUGUCAAUUUAACGAGUUCAGUGCCAUUUGCAAUUUGCGAUCAUAAAACCUACAACCUUACGUUAAUCAAGAACAUCGCCUAAUUUGAUUUAAAUAUGGAUAAGAAACCAUCAUCAAAGGCAGACACAGAAGAAAUUGUCACACUUACUGCAUAUGUACACAACGUGUCACCACUUAAAACGUCGAGAAGAAACUCCAAAUUCUUCAAUGCCAUUCUACAAACCUCUCGACAAGAAUAUCAUGACGCAGUGAUAUUCACGCCUGAAAAACACGGAAUUUUUACUAUGGCAGCAGGAAAAGAGACAGCUAUAAAGCUCAAUAACGUCCAACGACAACUAAAUGCACAAGACUACGUAGUCAAAUGCAAUCGACAAACAACCAUUGACGUUGCCGAUGUGGAAUUUCAAUACAGGCCCCCUAAAGACAGCACUGCUGUCACCAUUGAUGCCAUCAAUGCCAUGGGCACUUUCCAGAUGAUACCGAAAGUCUCAGCCACAGUUUACAAAGUUGACACUUCAAGUGAAACAGUGACACUGAAUAAUGUCGACUGUGAAGUAAAAUACUGUCACAUUGCCGACAUGACUGGAACCAUUCAGCUUGCACUAUGGGACUCACAGAUAGACCUAAUAAACAACAACCGCUCAUACACAUUCACUGACCUGUCCACCAGAAUGUACCAAGGAAGAAAACACUUAACUACAACUCGAAACACAGUGAUCAAUGAAUUGGAUAAACCUGUCCCAUUCAAAGAACCUACCAGCAGCAGCAUGGAAACCACCACACUCCUGCAUGUCACAUGCCCUCUGGAGAGCACAAAAAUUAAAAUUAUAAAGCAGUGCCCCAAAUGUCUGUGUACUCAGCUCAAUUUCAAGCCUAAAGAAGAGUUCCACAGGUGCAGUUCAUGCAAAUUCCUUCGGAAGUCUGACAACUACGCAACAAAAUGCAAUGGUACACUUACAGUGAAGACCAAAAACGGAGAGAUUGAUCUCAUCAUCUCAAACUCCCUCCUGAACAAAUUUAUUGUAUCCAAAUGUGAGAUCAACAAAAUAGAUGAGCAAGAUGUGGAAGAAAUGCUAAUUCGAUAUGAUACCUUGCAUAUCACAUACACCUCAGACUUCCACAUCACUUCACUUGAAGAACCUACUGCCCCCUCCCAGCAAAUGCACAGAGUCAUCGAGUGUCCAAACACCUCAACUGCUCCACAAAACACCUGCAGCAGUUCAACAUCCCCAUCUUCCCAAAAAACUCUAACCAAAGGACAAGACCCCACCUUGCCAGGACAACACACACCUGGCCCUGUCUGUCCAAGUCCAGCCAAAAAAAACAAGAAAGGCAAAACUGCUUCAUCUACCAUAGCUACUCCUGCUGAAGACGCCGCCUUAGAUAACAUUGCACAUUUAUUUGAUGACUAGCUUUUCUUUCAUGCUGACUACACAAAUGUUGGGUCUUCAGUUUCUACAAUAUACAGUUUCUACAGUUAAAUUCUUUAAAUUAGUAUACAGCUAGAAACUAAAAAAAUUU